AUGACUGAACAAUACCCAACAGUAAAAUUGACGGAAUCUACUCCAAAAAAUGAAGCAGGAGAAUAUUUUGACCAAGACCAAAAGACUAAAGCAGACUCGUCGGCUACCAUAGGAAACGAAGAUGGAACGAUAUCACAAGAACCAAAAGCAACACAAGGCAUGCAGUUGGAUGUCCCGCAAAAGAAAGAAAGAAAUAAUAAUAAUGAUGAUGAUGAUGAUGACAGUUCAGACGUCACCAGCGCUACAAUAAGUGAACAAGGAAGCGGAUAUGAAAGAAACUCCAACGAAUGCACAGAGUGCUGUAUUGACUUAAUCGGUUGUUUCGGAUUAUUCGACUCAUGUUGCCCAUCCACUGGUGAGGGUUUUAUCACCAAUCUCGGGGUAUUCUGUGGUAACAUCCUCGUUGGAUGUUGUAAAUGUUAG